AUGGCUGAUGGGGUUCAGAUUUUUGAGCUUCAUAAAGAAUUAGCUCAUAUAUCUCAAGGUCCUUUAGAUAUUGCCUCUUACUUUAAUAAAAUUAAGCAACUCUGGGAUGAUCUUGCUUCCUUGUCUGCCAAUACUAAUACUGCAUGCACUUGUGGGGUUAUUAAGAAAUCCAAUGAUGAACAAAAAGUAUUUCAAUUUUUGAUGGGUCUCAAUGAUAUUUACAUCCAAGUGCGCAACAAUAUUCUCAUGAUGAAACCUCUUCCCUCCAUUAGAACUGUUUAUAGUUUUCUAUUAACUAAUGAGAAACAGAGGGUUGUAUCUUCUGGUUCUCAGUUUUCUACACAAUCAGCUUCUUUCCAGGAUGGGGUUUCAAGACAUUCUGUUUUUCCCAAAGUGAAUUUUGACUCUCCAAGGACUCUCUCACUGGUUCGCAAAUAUUGUAAGAAACCAGGCCAUACAAUUGACAAAUAUUAA